AAACUUUGAAACAAUAUGGCUAUGGGGUUACUAACUAUAGUUCCUUUGGCAAUGUUGGUGGUCUUUUCACAUUUGACAAUGUCUAUAACAGCAGUUGACCCUAUUGCAGCCACAGGGAAAGAACCAAUCAUUGAGUUGUUCAUGCACGACAUUCUUGGUGGCAGUAACCCAACGGCUCGACCGGUAACUGGUUUACUGGGCAACAUAUACAGUGGUCAAGUGCCGUUUGCAACACCGAUAGGAUUCAACACUCCGCAAGGUGCGAUUCCCAUCCCUAAUGCCAACGGUGCUAUUCCCACUGUCAAUGGCGUUACCGGUAUCCCAUUAGGAACUGGCUUAGCUGGUACUUCCUUUGCACCAAAUAACAACAAUCAAAACAAUGCUCAGGUGCAGUUAGGACCUGAUGGACUUGGACUAGGAUUUGGUACAAUUACUGUAAUUGAUGAUAUAUUAACCUCUCAACCUGAAUUAGGUUCUCAAAUGGUUGGGAAAGCGCAAGGUGUUUAUGUGGCAAGUUCAGCUGAUGGGAGUAGACAGAUGAUGGUAUUCACAGCCUUGUUUGAAGGAGGGGAAUAUGGAGAUAGUUUGAACUUUUAUGGUUUGUACAAGAUUGGAAGUACUAUGUCGCGAUUAUCCGUAAUAGGGGGUACAGGAAAGUUUAAGAAUGCAAGGGGGUUUGCAGAACUGAGACCUCUUAUCCCACCAGGACAGAUUGCCACUGAUGGUGCUGAGACAUUGCUGAGGAUCAGUAUUCAUUUGAACUACUAGAACUAUGCUGUAGAAAUGGAAAAAGCGACCGAGUGAUUUUUAAUCAUAGAUGACAAUGAGAUUGGUCUUUUAUGUUGUCAAGUUUGAUUGCAAAAUUGUAUUUGAAAUCUUAUUUGUAAGCCUAUGAAAUCAUAUGGUGGUGUUUAUUUUUUGUUAAAAAACGGGUAUUAAUGGUA